ACAAUAGCGGUCCUAAAAUGAAGAGCAAAACUAAUGGUGGAAGUUUGUCUUCAGCUAUGAAAACGUGAAGGCUUCCCCACCACAAAUCCAAACACAUAAAAAACCCCAUAAUCUUCCAACUCUUUAGUACCUCACUAUCCACAGACCAAAAGCAUGAGCUCCCAUAAUUCACAUUCAAAAGUGGCCGUAUUUUCAUUGGCCAUGGUGUUAUACACCUGGUGCAGAGCAUCAUCGGCGCUGCACCCGGUGGUGUUAAUACCGGGAGCCGGCGGCAACCAGCUGGAAGCCCGGCUGACGGGCACGUACAAGCCGUCAAGCCUGCUGUGCAACCGGUGGUAUCCGUUGAACAAGGACCCGGAUGGGUGGUUCAGGAUCUGGUUCGACCCGAGUGUGCUGCUCCGACCCUUCACCAAAUGCUUCAGUGAGAGGAUGAAGAUUUAUUAUGAUCCUCAUCUUGAUGAUUACCAUAAUGCCCCUGGUGUUGAGACUCGAGUCCCCUCUUUUGGCUCUACUGACUCGCUUCUCUAUCUUGAUCCCAAUCUCAAAUAUAUAACAUCAUACAUGGAAUCCCUAGUGAGAUCCUUGGAAGAAAUAGGCUAUGUUUCCGGCCAAAACCUCUUCGGCGCACCCUAUGAUUUUCGCUAUGGAUUGGCUGCCAAAGGCCACCCUUGCAAUGUCGGUUCCGAAUUCCUCGACAACCUCAAAACUCUGAUCGAAUCGGCGAGCGAUUCCAACGGAGGGAAGCCGGUGAUCCUCGUCUCGCACAGCUUAGGCGGCCUCUUCGCCCUCCACCUCCUCGACCGGGCCCCGGCCUCCUGGCGCCACCGUGUCAAACACUUGAUCUCCCUGUCCGCCCCGUGGGGCGGGUCAGUUGAAGAAAUGCUGACUUUUGCAUCGGGGACCACAUUGGGCGUGCCCUUAGUGGACCCUUUGCUAGUCAGGGAGGAGCAGAGGAGCUCCUCUAGCAACUUGUGGUUAAUGCCCUCGCCCGCAGUGUUUGAUGGGGCCAGGCCCAUCGUCGUCACGCCCAAUGCCUCCUAUUCGAGCACUGACGUGGCGCGUUUCCUAAGGGAUAUCCAGUUCCCACAAGGGGUCUGCCCUUAUGAAACGCGCAUUUUGCCUCUCGUGGAAAGGCUGCCUCCGCCGCCUGGGGUCCCCAUCACGUGUGUGGUGGGGACUGGGGUGCAGACCGCGGAGACGUUGUUUUACGGGGAGGGUGGGUGGGAUGAGCGGCCGGAGGUGGCGUAUGGCGACGGCGAUGGCACGGUGAACAUGGUGAGCUUGCUGGCUCUGCAGACUGCGUGGGGUGGGGUGGAGAAUCAGUCCGUUAAGGUGAUCGAGAUUGCUGGUGUUUCUCACACUGAUGUGUUGAAAGAUGAGGGUGCACUUGAUGCAAUAAUUGCUCAAGUUUCUUCAAUCAAUUCUGAAAUUUCUGCAGAUUUAAUUCAUUUGUUUUGAUGUACUAUAUAAACAUGGACAAAAUUUUGUAAAUGAUGUUCAAUUUGAUACCUUAUAAUACUAUAUAAUGUGCACUGUAUUUGUAUUCGAACA